AAAUAAAUUAAUUUUUUAUAAAAAAAUAUACAUAAAAAAAGCCUAUAUUAGUUAUUCUUCUCUCAAAGAAACUAAACCUUAUCUUAAUGAAAAAAGAAGAAUUAUGAAAUAAUCCAAAAUACGAGGAUUUUUGAAAGAUUUUUUUAGAUUUUUAAAUAAAGAUAAUGUAAAUUUAAAAAUUACUGUUUUUAUGAAUUAGAUUAAGAAAUGUAUUGAAAUUCCAGUAGAAAUUUAUUUUGAAAUUCUUUAGUACAGAUAAAAAAUUUGUUCUUUUUAAUUGAUUUGUUGAAUAUUUUUUUGUUAAAUAGAUGUAAUUUUUUUGUAGGAGUAUUUCGAAAAUCUAAUAAAAAUACCUAAUUAUUGCUAUAUAAGAAAUGGCUUAAUGCUUUUUUUUUAGAAUUCUAGUGGUUAAUGUAUUCUUUAUCUAUUUAAGUUAAAUUUUUUGUGAAUUAAUAAAAUAAUAAUAAACUAAGAAGAGUUAAAAAAAAUAAAGAGAAAUAAUUAAGCAAAUACAAGGGAAACAAUUACAAAAUAUAAAUAACAAACUUGGAUUUGAAAUAAUAAUAACUAUUUAGGAAAACAUAUUAUAAAAAAAGUUUUAAACGUAUCCCACUGGUCUCACUUCUUGAAGAAAACAAUUAAAUAUAAUUAAUCCAUUUUUUUAAAACAAAUCAAAAAAAACGAGAGAAACAAAAAAAAAGAUUAUCAUCAAAAGGUUAUUUUCCUUUUUUAAAAUAUUAUUUUUUAGGUGAUUUUUUCCGGAUUUUUUUUUAUAUAUUUUUUUUUUUUUCAAUCAUUUUUUUUUUUUAUUUUUUUUUAUUUUCAUAUAUAUGUUUAUAUAUAUAAAUAAAAAAAAUCUGUGUUUUGAAAAAUAAAAUAUAUUUCAUUUAACUCAAUGUUCUCUUUAUUUUGUGAAAUCUCGUUUUAAAAGCAUAUAGAAGUUAAUAGAGACUACAGAAAUAAGCGAAUUUUUUGUAAUAAAAAUACUUUAUUUCAUAAUAUAAUAUGGUGUUCAUUAAUAUUUUUCUAAAUGAUAUAAUUCUCUUAUUAUAAAUCUGUUUUUAAUAUAAUAUCUAAAACAUUUAGAUUUAAGAAAACAAAACCCUUUUUUUUAGUAUGAAUCCUUAUAAAUCUAUUCAAAUGGUUUAUUAAAUUCUUUUGUGAAGUAUACGAAAUGAUUUUAGAAGAAGAAAAAAUAUCAAUUAUUUUUCGAUAUUAUAAGUUCCUUUAUAUUACAUAACAACUAAUUUCUUUAAAACCCCUUUAGACCCUUAUAUAUUUAUAUAUUUCCCUUGGUAUUUACUUAAUGACUUUAGGUGUUCUCUUUAUAUUUGUUUGUAUCCUUUUGAAAUAUUUGACUCUAAGGCCCCUUAUGUGAGUACAAAUUCAGGUCCCUUUUGUUAGUUGAUCCUUGUGUUUCACUUUUUAUUUAAUUGACUUUUAAGUUCCUUUAUAGUUAAUUUUUAUCCUAAGAUUCUUUUUAGCUUAAUACUUUUCAGAUUGCUUAAGUUUGGAUUGAGUGGUUUUAUACGGUAAUGAAAAAAAAAUGAAAAAAAUAGAUAAUUAGUUCCUUUUGAGAAUAAAGAUGAUUUAGAAAAUUAAAGUGCUAUUCUUUUCUUAGAUUGCUGUGCGAAAGGUUUGAUUCUGGCUGGGAUGGGAUUUGGUUUAGCUUUUGGAGUUAGAUUUUGCUUUUAAAGUUUGAAGAAUAUUCGAUUUUUUAGGAAAGGUUUUUUUUUUUUAUUAUUUUGGAGAAGGUUUAGUGCGAAUGCUUUUUAUUUUAAUGAUUUUUUUUUUUAAAAUAAUAAGAAUAUAUAGAAUGGGCUUUCUUUUUUUUGUUUUUUUAGGCUUUUUUGGAUAAUCUGUUUGUUUAAUUUAAUCUAAGAAAGGAAAAUUAAAUUAUCCUUCUUUUUUUUUUUUUUUGCUUUGUUUUUUAUUUAGAAAUUAGAUGUGUGGAAUUAUUGCUUUUCUGAUUUUUUUCGAAUAAUUAAUAAUGGAGUACUUUUUCAGAUAUUUGGGAAAAAAAAGAAAAAAAAAAGUUAGAAUUAUAUAAUAUUAAAUUAUUAGCUUAUACCUAAAAAAAGUAUAUUGUUUUUUUUGGAAAAUUAAAUUUUUUAUUUAUUUUUGGUAUAUAUAUCUUAAAUAUACUUACUUGAUUGCUUUUGGAUUAUCUAUGAAAAUAUACUUAUUUUUUUAAAGUCAAGAAAAUUUUUGGAAAGAGGAUUUUUUUUUAUUGAUUGAUUGUUCUUAUUAGAGUUUAUUCCUUUAGAAAAAAGAAUCUUUUUUUUUUUUUAAUAUAUAUAUAUUUGCUUUAUAAUAAAAAUAUUCUUUUUUUUUUUUUUUUAACUUUUAGAAAAUAUAUAUUAAUUAUUAUAUUUUUAUUAUUUAAUGUUGUAUUUCUAUUUAUUAA